AUGUCAUUAAUUGUAUACAAUAAGAACCUGCAAAAUGAUAUGUCAAUUAUAUUCCACGACCCUAAUACUAGGUCUUUGGUACUCUACAAUAAGGCUACCGGUAAGAUCUCUUUGGCCUCCAACUUAGCUUUGUCUCAAAACCCAAUUCGCCGGCAGAGAAUUAAAUCGUCAUACCCGCGAGACGUUGAUCGUUGUCCCCAUUGCGGAAAUGUGAUUCAUUCACAGUCGAAUUUUGUACAUGAGAACUAUUUCCAGCUGCUACAGGACAUUCCAAGAGUUAAGACGAGUCAAGAUGAUGUUAAGAAGGACUCGUUUCUUCCUAUGAAUAUUUUUGCACAAGGGUAUUAUAGCACCUUCUUUAAUGAGCUGGAGGUGCUAGGGAACGGAGCAAGGGGUGCUGUAUACAAGGUAGAACAUAUACUGGUUGAUAAUAAUCUAGGAGUUUAUGCGUUGAAGAAGAUUCCUAUUGGCAAUGACAUGAUGUGGUUAAACAAGUGCAUACAGGAAGUGAAGUUUAUGAACUCUAUUACACAGGACUGCUUCCAUUUGGUGAAAUACAACCAUGUUUGGCUUGAGAAAUCAUCUCCUAUAGGCCAUAUUGCCACCAGAGAAGGAAAGAACAAGAAUAAGGAAGAAGGUGGUGUGGUGCCUUACAUGUAUAUAUUGCAACAGUUUUGUCCUGGUGGAAAUCUAGAGACUGUAACAAAUGAGAGGAUAUUCCGCAACAUAACAGGUAGAGAGACAUCUGAAGAGCGUAAAAGAAUGUUUAAAAUGAAGCGUACGAAAUCGAUUAUUAAGAGAAAGGGGUUGAACUCCGUACAGAUUCUAUCGAUAGGGUCAGACCUCGCCCAUGGUUUAGAAGAGCUACAUUCUCUUGACAUCAUCCAUAGGGAUCUAAAACCGUCCAAUUGCCUGCUAUUGGACGUUUAUAAUCCACAGGACACUAGUAGUUUCCCUAAAGUUUUGAUUGGAGACUUUGGAGAGAGUCAGCUACGGGGGCAGUUACGCUCGGCAACAGGAGCGACUGGGACAAUUGAAUUCACAGCGCCAGAGGUUAUUAUAUUUGAGAAAGUUGUAAAUGGUCUAGAAACAAUAAACAACUCUAAUGCCCCUCAAUUCACGUUUGAAUCCGAUAUGUAUUCUUUGGGCAUGAUAUUAUACUAUGUUGUAUUUGGAGAGUUACCUUUUGAAAGCGGCUUAAAUCUUCAUGUGUUGAAGAAUAAAAUUACCGAAUAUGCAUGCGAUCCUAAGCUAUUAAGGAACAGACAUGAACAGCUUAACCUGGUUCCCAUAGAUCCACGGAUUUUUGAACUAAUAACGAAAUUACUUGCACCAACUGCCUUGAAUAGGCCUUCAGCUACCGAAACUAUCUCUAUAAUAGAAGGCAUUUUGUCUACGUUAGAAACUGAAACCGAUCAAAAUAAGGCAAAAGAUGGAUCGAAUAAAAGGAAGUUAACUAUUAAGAUAGUCCAGAUAGCUGUGCAAGUUAUUAUUAGUCUUGUUUAUACCAAGUUGCACAGUUUUUCGCAUUGGAACACUAUUAACCUAAUAUUACUGGGUGCUUCAUUCAAUUCCAGCGAUAAUCUAAGGCCGUAUAUCAUAGCCGCUACCUUAUUACUAUAUCUAUUAUGA